AACAAGUAGAUACCUGUGCACCGUGGUCAGUGGUGGUCGUUUCAGCAACCAACAGUAGUCGUACUCAAGACCGUCAAAAUGAACAAAGCUUGCAAGGCCAGCACUCACAGCGCGACUGCGACCAGGCUGUUCGCAUUGUUACUAGUCAUAUGUCUUGCUGAGUGCGUCACAGAGCAGAGAAUUAACGGUAGGGGUAGCAAGGCGUCGGUUAUUGAGAAAGUCAACGGCUGGCGCAGUCAACGCGGAGGAUCGUGCCUCAGUUACGGACAUUCCUGUUGGGGAGCUCACGGCAAACGUUCAGGCAAGCCCCCAGCAGCCGCUCCCGACUGGUACCUCACCAGGAUACUCCGUCGCAUGGCCGCUAACGCUGAAAUGAACCGCGUCCAGCCCGAAGAGUCAAAAUACGACGAUCUCAACGCCAUCUUCCAGGUGGACGUAGCAGACGACACUCCCGCCACAGACAGAUUGCUUGCUGUUAGCGGUGAACGUCCAAUGGAGCUGCCUUUCAGCAAGAGCCUCGAUGCGAAACCAAUGAUCGAUGAUGAAGUACUCUCCAAAAUGAAGAUUUGGCAGAUGAUGAGAGAAGCUCCCGAAGACAAGUGAAUAGUAAAUAUGAUAACCCAUGACUGAUGUUAUUCUAUCAAAAUUGAUUUAUAAAACAUUUAAUUUAACACAAUAUAUUGUAAUUAAUACUCUGUAAGAUGUUUAUAUAGCCAAUAGCAAGGCUGGGUUGCGAUUGGCCAUAGUUUGUAUAUAGAAUAAGGUUUAAAAUGUGCCAUUCCUAAAAUAUAUUAUUUAAACAGGG